GGGAAGGGAUACGUGUUGCCUUGAAGCAUAGGCCCGCGUGCCCCCAGAAAGUGUACCAGGAAGACGAGCUCAGGAGAAUGUAUCCUCGGGUUAUAGCAGAGCAACAACUCCGGCUCAACUCGUUUGUCCGGGAUCAAAGGGAAGACUGUUUAAACUUGAACAUAUACGUACCAACGCCAGAGGCCAACUCGUCCAAACCGUUAGAGAACCUCGCUGUGAUGGUCUUUAUACACGGUGAUUCCUAUGACGCCGGAACCGGAAAUGCUUAUGACGGGAGUGUUCUCGCCAGUUUUGGAAAUGUCAUAACAGUUACUCUAAACUACCGACUGGGAGUUUUAGGAUUCCUGAGUACUGGCAACAGCGUGGCGCCGGGGAAUUACGCUCUGCUGGACAUCGCCGCUGCUGUUCACUGGAUUAAACAAAACAUCUACAGCUUCGGAGGAAAUCCCAAUAAGCUGACUCUAUUUGGUCAUGGCCACGGGGCAGCUUUAGUGAACGACCUUCUAAUAUCACCCAUGAGCAGAGGGUGCAUUUCCCAGCUUGUGAACCGAAUAUCCAUCACUUUUUUCUUGUCCCACAGGGUUAUCCUACAGAGCGGGUCUGCUACGAGCCCGUGGUCUGUUGCCACUGACCACGUCAGGUGUACCGAAGAACUGGCUAAAACCAUAGGAUGUGCCCCGCUUUUGAAACAUUCCGAUGAGCUUGUCAAGUGCCUUCGUAACAAAACCGCCAGUGAGUUGCUGGAGUCCGUCCCGCUUACGCCCAAGUACAGCACGUGUUUUGGUCCCGUGAUAAGUCAUCGAAGCGGAGUGCUGCCCAGAGGGAUCAAAGAACUUUUGACGCAGCCUCUUUCCGCUUUUUCCGACGCCUCGGUGAUGUUUGGAGCGGCUAAGUACGAGUCUGUGCGCUACCUCAAGCAGGAAGACUUCGAUCAGAAUAUCACGGAUGCGCGCAAGGACCAAUUGUUGCGAACUUUUGUGCACAAUACAUUCACGUAUCAAAAGCAAAGGAUGUUUGACAUCUUGGAUCACCACUACACGGACUGGGAGAGCUCUCUCGAGAGACGCUCUUGUCGGGAAAACAUCCUAGAAUUGCUCAGCGAUGGACUGGUGGUUGCGCCCAUUAUCCAAGUAGGCAACUAUCAUUCGGGCCAAAGAAAAGCAAAGACCUACUUUUACAAUUUUAACUUUUCACCACCGUCCGGACGUCCCCCAGGAUUUCCGGACGCUAUUCAUGGAGACGAAUUACCUUACGUGUUCGGAGCUCCACUUGUGAACGGAUUAUCUCCCUUCCCGGUCGAGUACAACCAGGUGGAGGCUAUGAUCAGCACGGCAAUCAUGACUUACUGGACGAAUUUCGCAAAAUCAGGAGACCCCAACAAACCAUCUGCGCAAUCUACGAGUCCGGAAGGAAAUUCGAAAAACCGUUUUAUUGAUCUACGGUGGCCUGAAUACGAUGCCAAGACCCAGAAUUAUCUGCACAUAGGUAAACGACCGAAGAUAUCGCACCACUACCGAGGGCGGAAGAUCGCUCUGUGGCUGGACUUAAUCCCCAAACUCCAUCAUCCGUACGACAAGACUACCGACAGCGAUGCGCUGGAGAGUUCCACUGACAUGUCCACGUUUGACGAGCCGGAACGCCUGUGGGACAGUAAUGAUAUCUUACCAUUCUUCAUGACUGUCCCACCGACCACUAAGCCUCUGACAGAGAACAUCACGACGGCUCUGAACGCUAUGAAUCUCACUACUGCCCCGAGCGUCGUCUCGUCUGAGCGAACGAGGAACUCAUCAACUCUUGCCCCCGAACUCUCAAAUACCCCCCGGCCAGCUUCCAGAGGAACAGGCACCGACGGGAAUGGUUUGCCCUUAAGCAUCACAAUAGCGGUUGGGUGCUCCUUGUUAUUCCUUAAUAUAUUGAUUUUCGCCGGAAUAUUUUAUCAACGUCACAAAAUUCUGAAACAUAAAAAGGCCAAAAACAACGUGAAAGAUAUCAAAUUUCGAGCAAAGGAUGUCAUGGACGAGAAAAACUCUGAGCUAGAGGCGGUGGAUUUACUGUCCAAAACCGAGAGCGGGCACGUUACGGAUAAAAUAAAAAUGGCAGAAACACAAAACAGUGACAUGUUUGUACCAAACCGGACGUAUUUUCAUGUGGCCAAUCAAAACAACGAUAGAUAUGAAAGAGGCCAUGGUCCCCAUGGUUACACAUCUAUGCAACACGUGGAACAGCCCAUUUAUUCAGGACGAAAGGGGUGCAAAGUGAAAUUCGUGACAAGUUGAUGACAUUCUUCACAAUCCGACUUAAAUUAAUCAUCCACGUUUUCCUAUCAUUCUGUGUUGGAAAUAUACGUCUUUGGUUUGAAUGUUUAUUCCCUCUUUCUUUUCAGCUGCGGCAGAAACAGCGAAUCAGUUGAAUGAGUUUGUAUUCGUGGAAGAGAAAGAAACAUGCAGGAAGAAUUUUUCACCCUUUAAUUGUGACUAAGGAUAUUUACUUUACAGAUAUCGUCCCAUAUAAUUGGUGUUCAUGCGGAGACGUUUUACGUGAGACGUUUCAGGUGGCAACAAUAAUUUUACGGAUGUGUUUGCUUUCCAUGUCUAAUGAAGCAUCCUUGGACUUCGUCUGUGAUGGCUCAACAGUAAUGGAAUUUGACUAGCACCAGCUAGGCAAUAAGCCUUUUUGUGGACCGUUCGUUAGAGGCUAAUCGGCUUGUGGCAAGCAAAGCUGGGUGUGAAAAUACAUGCCGUUACAAGCAGCCGUAGUGAUAUAAUGGCAAAGCGAGCCGAUCCAAAUCUAAUAUCGAACGCCUUAAAAUUUGGCCCGGUUGGUAAUAAGACCGUAUUGGGUAGGCUGGCUGAAUUCGGAACAAACAGAAGAAUUCCAAAAAAGUGACAGGGCUGGAGAAAAGUGUGAUCGAAUUAUUCGUGCAUAAGUUUAUUUAUUUUGUCCACUGGAACGCUUUGCUGGCACGCGCCACAUCAUCGAAUCCGAUCAGAUGUCAGUUUAAUUCAGCCUCAAAAAUGCAUUUUAUUCAUUGGUUUUGCUUAAUUAAAACUAAGUAAUUUGCAAAAGGAUAUUGGUGUUUGACAGAUCAGAAAGUCGGCAUACAUGAAGGAAGUGAAAUGAUUUUUCCCAUAACUGCAAGUGCCUUCCUGGGAUAACUGAUACGUUAACUGUAAAAAUUCAUAUCAGUUAUUUAUCUAUCACAAUCUCUUAAAUUAAAAUGCUAAAAAAUUGCUCUUUUUACCCAAAAGUACGAAACAGAUAUCGAGGGAAUUAUUGUCAGUUCUCUCGUUUUCCAAUUUCACAAACGUUUUUGUGUUUACUAAUAAUAUUCAACACUUUGUGUUUGUUCUAACACCAUCACUGUAUAUAUA